AGAGUCACAUGUAGGGUGGAAUAAAUGGAAAAUUGACAGUAAAUCAAAGGAAAAAGGGCGACUUUGUCGUCAUGCCUACUUAAAACCCUUUGAAAAAAUCAGUAUAACUUCUGUUUUCUCUUUAUUUGCAUAAAGUUUUGUCGCUUUUAGAUUUCUGUGAGCUGUUUUAUAGUCAGAAACCGCUGGAGAAAAGAAAAAAAUCAGGAAUGAGUGAAGGCGUGAAAUACUAGAAAUAAGAACUUUUUUUUCUAAUUUUCCAAAUUUAAACGUCACCUUUUUUAUUUUGUAAUGAAUUAUAGCAAAUUCUUGUUUUAGAAUUGGACCUACCUCCUUAAUUGUAAAGGAGAUUCUUGAAUUUUAAACCUUUAAUUUUUUCAAAAUUUUAGGGUUUUACAUUUUUUUUUCGUAACUUCUCUAGCCACUGCCCAACUACUUUCUUAAUCUUUAUUCCCCAAUUUGAUGAAAGGUUCGAUUCAAGCACUAAUUUGUGCUAAUACCCAUUUGCAAUUGUGGAUUCUUGAAUAUUUUUUUUGGUACGUUUAUUUCAAGAUUAAUUGUUGAGUGUUUUAGUGUAAUUUGUGUGUCAUUUACUUGAAAAAAUGGAACAACCCAAUUCACCUGUAAGAUUCAAAUUGGGAAAACAGUCUUCUUUAGCACCAGAGAGAGGUGAAAGGGAAGAUGGUGAAGAUGGGGUUGUAAUUGAUAUUGAUCCAAGGGUAAGGCUAAUGUAUUCAGCGAACGAGGCUGAUAUAGAAGGGAUAAAAGAGCUAUUGGAAUGUGGAACUGAUGUUAAUUUUAGGGACAUUGAUAAGAGGACUGCACUUCAUGUUGCUGCUUGCCAAGGUUCCACUGAUGUUGUGCAGCUGUUGCUUGAUAAUGGUGCUCAAGUUGAUCCUAAAGAUCGUUGGGGUAGCACGCCGCUUGCAGAUGCAAUACAUUAUAAAAAUCAUGAAGUGAUCAAGCUACUGGAGAAACACGGUGCCAAGCCUCCAAUGGCUCCCAUGCAUGUUAAUACUUGUCGUGAAGUGCCGGAAUAUGAAAUCGAUGCUAAAGAACUUGAUUUUACUAAUAGCAUUGAGUUGAGCAAGGGGACGUUCCAUAUUGCCUUAUGGCGUGGAAUACAAGUUGCUGUAAAAAAGUUUGGGGAGGAUGUGAUUGCUGAUGAGGAUAAAGUGAGGGCAUUUCGAGAUGAGCUUGCGUUGCUCCAGAAGAUAAGACAUCCUAAUGUUGUCCAGUUUCUUGGUGCCGUAACACAAAGUAGUCCUAUGAUGAUAGUGACGGAAUACUUACCAAAGGGUGACCUCCGUCAAUAUUUGAAUAGAAAAGGAGCGCUUAAACCAACAAAAGCUCUCAGAUUUGCAAUGGACAUCGCGAGGGGACUGAACUAUUUGCAUGAACAUAAAGAAGCAAUUAUUCAUCGUGACCUUGAGCCUUCAAAUAUUUUGCGGGAUGAUACUGGACAUCUGAAAGUUGCUGACUUUGGAGUAAGCAAGCUACUGAAAGUUACCAGCAGAGUUAAAGAAGACAAGCCUCUGACAUAUGAAGACAGUUAUCGCAGAUAUGUAGCUCCAGAGGUUUUCAGGAACGAGGAAUAUGAUACCAAAGUUGAUGUCUUUUCAUUUGCUUUAAUUUUACAAGAGAUGAUUGAAGGCUACCCCCCUUUCCACGCAAAGGAAGAAAAUGAUGUACCUAAAUUAUAUGCUGCUAAAGAGCGCCCUCCUUUUAAAGCCCCCGCAAAGUUUUAUGCUCAUGGAUUGAAAGAGUUGAUUGAGGAGUGUUGGAGUGACAAGCCAGCGAAGCGUCCAAGUUUCAAGCAAAUUAUCCCAAGGCUUGAGUCCAUUUAUAAAAAGUUUGACCGCAAGAACAAUUGGACGGUUAUUAGGCCAUUGAGAUGCUUUCAACAUUUAGAGGCAAUGUGGAAGAAAGAUACUCCAAAUUUAAGUAGCCGGAAUGGUUCAUCUCGGUCAACGUGCCACAUCUAGCAGGUUUUAUGGAAAUAAGCAAUUUUUCAUUUGCUCAACUGUGCAUAAAGUUUCUUUACUUCUCCAGAUUUCUGCAAAAUUUUCAGUUGCUUUUGGUAAUAGGCUAUUGGAUUAUUUCUUUAGUUUCAAAUCUUCUAUUCUUGUCAUUGGUAUGACGAUCUUCCCCUAAGUUUUAUGUUGUUUUCUUGUAUAUUAAACAUUAACCCCAUGUUCUUCUUUUCCUUUCAUCUUUUGAAGAAUUCAGACAAUGUUGAAGUUUAAAAGGCUUAUGCCUUAUUUUAUAUGAAUUUCUUUUACGUUU